AUGACAGAUGGAAACCCUGGCGAGGAUGCAAUCAGGAAAGUAAUAGUUUCUGCUUCCCCUCACUGCGAUUUGUUGCAUUUCGUGGGGCAUGUUCCCCAUCCCUACGGUGUCAUAACGCCGCAAACCAUGAUGGAGAAAAAUGCGGAAUGCGUGAAAUUCUCUCUCACACCACUCGAAAGGGAACCUUCCGUGACAGUAAGUGGAAACCACCCCCUUUUUGCGCCUGUUGUGAUUCCCCGGGUGAAGGCGACGUCGUCCGCUCCAGCAGCUGCGUCAGAGGCGGGAAUGUCGCCAUAUUUUCCGCACAGCGGUGUCGGACUGGCACAGUCGGCAUUCCGCAGUAACUUUGAGACCUUCUCCUGGGGGGUGGUUUCAUCAGAUGAACAACGGCAACAAAAUUACCAGUCACAAAGACACAAGGUGACUGAACGAGGUGACCAUCAGGUGCAGCAGCAACCAGCUCACAAUGAAGCUGAAACCCCCAACCCUGACGCUGUUGGAGAGCAAGCGUUUAUUCCCACAGUCACUGACAGUUCUUCCCGUCUAGUGAACACGUCAAGGAUAGGUGGUGAAAUACGUUAUGAGGUUAACUUCCUGGCAGUGCGCCGGUCGCUUCUGCAAGUGUUUCUUAUUCUUCAUAUGCCCGAGCGGAGCCCAGCGGUGGCCUUUCGUUUCUGUUCCCAUGACCCAUUGCCGGGAGGUACCACCUGCCUCUCAGUUCUCCCCCGAUGUGCUGAGCGCUUGCCAACGCUGGCACAUCCCGCCGAAGUGACCUUCACAGACGUGCAGGCAACUGCUCAUUGGAAAUAUUCCCUCCGCUGCGACUGCCGUAUUAUUCAAGAGGGUGAAGAGGCAAGUGUUGCGGAAGGUAAGUCUCAGCGCUUCAUUUCCAUGAGAUGGACCACAGGUGGAACCCCCGAGCGCACUCUUGAGUUAAGUGCCCUCUUGACAGAAGUCAUGACACCGAUGCUGUUUGCUGUCCCCGCAAAGCUGCUCAAGUCAACGGAGGAAAGGGGUAAAACAACACCACAAAUCACCGGUUUCUUCCAACGUCGCUCCUUUCAUCUCAUGGCACUCAUUGCACAUGGUGUGUGGUGCGAAAAAGUGGCCCGGUACAUUAUCAACGAGUCGAACAGAAGCGGCCUCGUAGCUCUUUGCGCUGAAACUUGCUCAGCCAAAUUGAAGCUUCGUGAUGAUGUCUCGCUAGAUGCCAAUGAAAAGUGGGAGACGGAACUCACAUUUCACCGCACUGAAUCCUGUGAUUGCACCACGACAGAGCGAAGUGUACAGAAGCCAAAACCCUCCAAGUGCUUACAUGUCUUAGUUAGGGGAUGUGAAGAUGUGAUGGGUUGGGGGUGGGGCACCGCAUCAACGCGCAGCGGGCUUCAGGACCUUGCAGAAGCGGUGACGCGCUGA